GCUCCGUAGUUUUGAGCCGUUUAUGAAGAGCUAGCCAGCAGCUACUGUUGACAAAAUUCACGGGAGGGUUUUGGAAGGAAGGGGGGAGUCGUGUUAUAGCAAAAAGAGUGCCGUGUGUGAUUUGUGUAAUGUGUCUGUGUUUCACAGAGCUGUGUCCCAGUCUAACGUGGCAGCAUGAGUUCAAAGGGGGGCGGUACUGCCCUGUCCCGACGAAACUACCGCUUGGCCUCUGACACAGACAAGCCUAAAGUCACUGGUAUUGUCAACGAGAAGCUGUUGAGUGACUACCUACACCAUGUGUUUCCUGCCUCCAGUAAGCACGGGCCAGCAUCUGCAACAUACAGAAAAACCUUGAACUUCCAGGACCUCGGGGCCCACUUGGAGAGACUGUUGUCUGAAGAUGAGCCUGCUGAGGACGGCACGGAUCAAGUGGAGGGCCGACUCGGACCCUCUACUGUUGUCCUAGACCACACCAGUGGAUUUGAAGGCCUGUUAUUUGUAGAUGAUGAUCUCUUGGGGGUCAUUGGCCAUAGCAAUUUCAGCUCAAUAAGGGCUACUACCUGUGCAUACAAAGGGAAAUGGGUGUAUGAGGUGCUCAUCUCGUCUGAAGGGUUGAUGCAAAUAGGGUGGUGCACACUGAACUGCAGGUUCAACCAGGAGGAGGGUGUUGGGGACACUCCAGACUCGUAUGCCUAUGAUGGCAACAGAGUUAGGAAAUGGAAUGUGACGACCACCAACUACGGAAAGUCCUGGGCUGCAGGGGACAUUGUUAGCUGUAUGAUAGACCUUGAUGAAGGGACAAUUACGUUUUGCCUGAACGGACAGUCUCUCGGUACGGCUUUCAGUAAUAUCAAGAUGGGUCCAGGUGUAGCGUACUUUCCUGCUAUCAGUCUCUCAUUUAAAGAGUCUGUGGCCUUCAACUUUGGCAGCCGCCCUCUCAGGUACCCUGUGGAAGGCUAUCUUCCUCUUCAGGAUCCACCAACUGCUGACCUCAUCAAAGCCCACAGGCUGCUGGGCUAUAUGAAGACUGUGCUGUCCACUUGUAUAGACACACAGGAGGAGAAACUCACCGAAAAAGACAUUGGCUCUUGGCAGCUGAAAGGAGAGCCCACCGUCCUGGUCACUCUAGCACAUAUCUUCAAUUACUUCGCUCCUCUUAUGUGUAAAGUGUACCUGGUAGAAGAUGUACUGAUGAGCUUCCUGCUGGGCAUUUUGGAGGGGGGUGGCUCUGUGGAUGAGCAUCCUCUAAUCCAGCAACUACUAGACCUCUUCUGGCUGCUCAUGGAGGACUUUGAGGUGAACGAGUGCCUGAAGCAGUUGAUGAUGUCAUUGCUGAGGGCCUAUCGCUUCUCCCCCAUCAUACCUGACUUGGGCUUCCAGAUUCACUACCUUCGCUUGACCACUGCCAUCCUUCGCCAUGAGAAGUCCAGGAAAUACCUCCUCAGUAAUGUGUUGUUUGAUGUCCUGCGCUCCGUGGUGUUCUUCUACAUUAAGACGCCUCUGAGGGUGAAGGAGGCCGGGCUGGAAGAGCUCAUCCCCACCACGUGGUGGCCUACACGUUUCGACAAAGAGGGUAAGGAUGAGAAGGACCUGAGGCAUGAGACUGCUGAUGAGAGGAUGAGGCGGCGGGCGUAUGAGCGUGGCUGUCAGAGACUCAAAAAGCGGAUUGAGGUUGUGGAGGAGCUGCAGGUUCAGAUCUUGAGGCUGAUGCUAAAUAACAAGGACAAAGGGACGGGAGAAGCCUCUCGCUACAUUUUCCUCAAUAAAUUCCGCAAGUUCCUGCAGGAGAACGCAAGCAACCGAGGGAACCCCACGGUGUUGUGUCCUCCUGAAUACAUGGUGUGCUUCAUGCAUCGCCUCAUUACAGCUGUAAGGAGCUACUGGGACGAGGGAAAACGAAAGAGCACUGGUGCCAUCAGCAGUGAAGAGGCCUAUGUCCCCCCUCAGCUUUUCUACAAUGGAAAAGUGGAUUACUUUGACCUGCAGCGGCUGGGAGGGCUGCUCUCACAUUUAAAGAAGACGCUGAAAGAUGACCUGGCCACCAAAGCAAACAUCAUCAUCGACCCUGCGGAGAUCCAGGCCACCUCUAUGGAUGAUCUGGACGAGGAUGAGGAGAGCGGAGCUGCACAGAGGCCAUCUGGUGCAGCAGCAAUGGGCGGUGCCUUGGCUAGGCCGAGCUGGCUGAGUUCUCCCACGUUGGGGCGAGCCAAUCGUUUCCUUAGUACAGCUGCCGUCAGCCUCAUGACACCACGGCGACCCCUGGCCCCACCUGAAAAGGUCAAAGUGCGCUCUCUACCUGUGGAACAGAGGACCGAGGAGGACAUUGAGGGAAGCCAUGGUAACGAUGGGCUGUUGCUGGGGCGACCAUUGGAAGAGCCCGACCAGCCAAUCACAGAAAAGUCCUUGCUGGAGAUCCUGGACGGGAUUGUGAUGAUGUACAACCUGAGUGUUCAUCAACAGCUGGGCAAGAUGGUGGUUGUGUCAGAUGAUGUGCAUGAGUAUGCCGUCGCACUGAAAGACACUGAAGAGAAAAUAGCCCGAUGCCCCGGAAGGAGACCAGAUAUUCUGGAGGAACUGCAGAAGAGCCAAAAAGUGUUUGCUGAGAAGUUGAACCACCUCAGCCGCAGGUUGGCCUGGAUCAAUGCCACCAUUUACUCUAAGGAGAAGAUGCUGGACGUGUACUGGCUGCUGCGCGUAUGUAUUCGCACCAUCGAGCAUGCUGACAACACGGGCUCUCUGUUCGCCUUCAACCCCGAGUUCUACCUCAACGUGGCCAUGAACAGCUACAGUGCCCUCAAGAACUACUUCAGCCCCUCCAACAGCAUGGAUGAGCUCCCAGGCUAUGAGGACACGCUCACUCAGCUCGCUGCUAUUCUCGCCAAGCACUUUGCAGACCCACGCAUCGUGGGCACAGACAUCAAAGACUCGUUGAUGCAAGCCCUAGCCAGCUAUGUGUGUUAUCCACAAUCCCUCAGAGCAGUGGAGAGGAUCCCAGAGGAGCAGCGUGUAGCCAUGAUGAGGAACCUGCUGGCUCCAUAUGAACAAAGGCCAUGGGCUCAGACCAACUGGAUCCUGGUCCGCCUGUGGAGGGGCUGUGGUUUUGGCUACAGAUACACUCGGUUGCCCCACCUGCUGAAAACCAAACCUGAAGAUGCCAACUUGCCCAGCCUGCAGAGAGAUUUGUCAGUUGCUAGUUUCCAAAAGCCUUGCCCAUCCAUCCUGCUCCAGAGGCACAUGGCGGAGCUCCUGAGUCAGGACAAAGACAUGGCCGCUAGCUUCCUCAACAGUGUCCUCAACCAGCUCAACUGGGCCUUCUCAGAGUUCAUUGGCAUGAUCCAGGAGAUCCAGCAGGCGGCAGAACGUCCGGAGCGCAACUUUGUGGACACGAGGCAGUUGAAGGUGUGCGCCACAUGCUUCGAUCUGUCGGUCAGCUUGCUGCGGGUCCUGGAGAUGACCGUCACUUUGGUACCCGAGAUUUUCCUGGACUGGAACCGCCCCUCGGCCGAGCUGUUGCUGCGGCGACUCGCUCAGCUGCUGAACCAGGUGUUGAAUCGAGUGACUGCCGAGAGAAACCUCUUCGACCGGGUGGUCAACCUUCGCCUCCCAGGGCUGGAGAGCGUGGAUCAUUACCCCAUAUUGGUAGCAGUUACGGGAAUUCUUGUGCGCAUCCUGGUCGACUCGGAGAGACAGGGGAUUGCUCGAGCAGCCUCGGUGUUGUUGUCUGACCCUUGUUUCCAGCUGCAUUCUAUCCAGCACCUGCUCGGUGAGACAGAGGCCAGUACAGCUGGAGCUGACCACAAGCACUUCUCCCUACAUGCCUACACAGACUACAUCAGUGCCGAAGAGGAGCAGAAGGUGGAACAGAUGCUUGCCUUCUUGACAGAGGAAUCCAAACAAGCUGCGGCCACAACAGCGCCCACCAGUGAAGAUGACCUGUGUCCCAUCUGCUAUGCACACUCCAUAUCGGCCAUCUUCAAGCCCUGCUCCCACAAGUCCUGCAAAGCCUGCAUCAAUCAACAUUUGAUGAAUAACAAGGACUGCUUCUUCUGCAAGGCCACUAUCACUGGAGUGGAAGAUUACAGCAAGCCUGCUGGCUCUUAGCAUGCCCUUCAUCAGACGUGCAAAUACACUCACACACACACAAACACACACACCACUCACACACAGCCUUUGUGAACUGACUAACAACACAUUACCCACAUCUCCAAAGAUGCGCUACACAUACGUUACUGUGUGCAAGUCAGAGACCACCCUUUAUUUAGUAAAUUUCCAGUCAAAACGGUCAUUAAGUCCAACUUAUUCAUUUAUCAGCAGAUAUUUCUGAGAAGGGCCUUCUGCACCAUGACUGCUGGGAUAGGCUCCAGCAUGAUACUCCAGCAGUGUAAGAUAAUCCGCUUGCAUAAGGAAGGAGAACGUAAAAUAAACGAGUGAAAAAACAGGUGUUACAGAGAAAAUGGAAUUCCUGACAACCAUGCAAGACCCGGUAGACACCAAAACUGUCCCUGUCAGAGAAACAGCACUUGAAGCUUUCAUCUUUGAGAGAGAGGAGAAAAUCAAGUUCCACUCUUGAUUCACACUCUUGAUUCUUUCUGCCCAUCCUUCCACUGUGAGAAGACAACUCAACAAUAUGGGUCUAAAAGGAUGUGGAGCUGCAAAGAAGCCCUCGCUGACAAAGAACAGAGAAUCUGCUGGUGUCCUCAGAACAAUGAACUGACCACCCCAGAGUCUUGGAUUACUUGGAUUGUGAAAAGGCUGAACUUUGGGGUGGGAACAUAUCCAAGCAGAUUUCUUUGAAAAACUGAAAAUGAAUCUUCUGAAAAGAAUGGAAGCUGUAAUUAAGGCCAAGAGUGGACGUACCAAGAAAAAGAGAAAUAUUAGGUUGUGUGAUUUUGUGUUAAAUAUAUUUUCUGCCUUUUUCCUGAUAAUGAAAAAUAAAUUACUUGUACUCUAUCCAUCUUGACUGGAAAUUAAAUAAAUAAAGGUUGGUCUCUGACUUUGGCAGAGUACUGUGUACACAUGCUGGACACAUUGUUUCUCCCCUCAGCACAUGCCCUAUGAACCAGCAAACCCAUCAACUGCACCUGAUGGGACCACAUGCAGUCAAAUCCUCAUGUAAAAGUAAAGGCACCUCUUUCGCACAUGGUCCGUCAGCAUGUCCUUCAACACUGGACUGUGACUUCAAGACAGGCCAAGCAGAUUCUUCGUAGCGUUUGUCGGUUGUUGGCUGAGUCACCGCAUGGCAUGGAGCUUGGUGCUUCAGCUAGCACCAGGUGGCGGAAGGUCUGCUCCUCCGUCAUGAAGAGGGAAGAGGGGCCAGCCAGAGACAGACGCCAAGAUCCAUUCUCACAGCUCAGUCAGAUGGACCUUUUCAUCUUUUUUCUUCAGUGUCUCCCUGGACACUGGUCACCAUUGGCACUACACCUGCACCCAUAGGCCACAGAUAUUAAUCAGGAACGCAGGUGCCCAAAGCUUUUUGAAACCCAUCUUGAAACCUGUCACUUUUAACCCUCACUAUCUGUACUUGACAUUUUUUAUAUUCAGAAACUGACAGCCAUAUUUGAAGUGGCAAUAUCUAGUAGUUCCUACAAAGAAGGCUAGGAAUAACACGGAAAUUGUAGAUGGAUAUUGGAAAAAAAAAAUCUUUGUGCUUUGAGGUGCAGCUAAGUUAAGCUGUUGUGUGUGACACUCACAUCAUGUUAUUAAUACUUCAUUACAGCUUUAUUAAUGCUUUAUAAAGCAACAUGCAGUGCAGAGGUCUUAAUCAGAUUUAAAGGAAUGCUCGAAUGUUUUUGACCUAUAUCUUUAUCAUACUGUAGAUCAUCACAAACAGUAAUUUUGGUGCAUUUUCCUGUACUUAGGAACAAACAGAAAACCCAUUGAUGUGAAACACCGUUAUAGUAGAAGCCCUGGGUAGUUGCUUAAUGCAUGACUACAUCAGUUGCACUUUAAAUGACAAGACAAAGUCAUAAAUCAAUCAAGCAGGUCAAACUUGGGGCCUUCCAGGCCAAAGUGCUUCGGAGAUCAGUGUUUGCCCUCAUCUAACACUCUGAAUUCAGUUCGUGUAGGCCUUGCUAAUGAGCUGAUGAGCUGAAUCAGCUGUGUUUAAUGGGGCACUGUGAUGAAGUCUGCAGUGUUUUGGUCUGCAAGAACUGAAGCCUUUAACUGAAGAUUUAACACGUGAUUUAACCCAUAUAACUACAAUCUAUUUUGCAUAAUAGUUGUUAAAUAUUUGAAUGCCGUUUUGUUUUACCUGUGAAAGUACAAAAAAUGCCAUAGGUUCAGGAUCCCUAACCCUCCCCACUAAUUAAGAAUUUAUGAAUGUGCAAAUUGUAAGUGCCCCCUUGUCUCUCAGUUUCCAAACCCCACCCCUUCCCCCUUUAACCUGCACGCUGUGCUUCCUUUCACAAAUGUCAAAGUCAAAAUCAGAUUGUUUUGUUGAGCUUCUAAGUGAAAAUAAGUUAACAUAUCUUCUACAGAGAACCACACAAUUACUGUUUAUUUGCUGGAUUUAACGUAUUGGACAAAAUAAAAAUACAUGAAAUUUAGCC